UGUGGCUCAUGCCAGUGUGCACCACUGACAUUCUCCCUGGCCCCAGCUUUGCAGUGGUGUAGCCCUGUUGACUUCAUUGCAGUGCCUUCUCAUUUACACCAGCAUGGGUGAAAUCAGAAUCAGCCCUGUAGCCCCCGUGUACACACACCUCGCCCAGGUGUGAUGGACCCCAUGGGGCCGAGGGGCAGCAGGCUCAGUGAGGAGUGAGUCUGCAUGGACAGAUGCUUUGGAGCAUGACAGUCUGAGUGGAGGGGGCAGGUGAUCUAGUUACAGAGUUUCCAGGAACCAGCCAGCUGCAGGACACCAUGAGUUGCUCUUUAACCAGCUCCCCUGUUAAUGAUCUACUCUGCUGCUGCCCUGCCCUGAGUGAGAGGCUGAGCGAGCACAGGGGCACCUCCUGGAAUUCAGCUCCAGGAGCGGGCCAGGCAGCCAGCCGCCUCGAUGCCAAAGAAGCCCUUCACAUCCAGCAUUGUGCAGUGUUGGAGGAUGGGUGGGGACAGUGCAAGGCAGAGAGCUGAGGGAGAGCUUCCUGCUCGCUCCAGGCUGGGCUCAGGCAGAGUGUAGGAUAAUCAGCCAUUUUAUUAAGUGUUUCCUCCCUAGCUCCGUCUCCCUGGACCAGGGGCCCACCCCCUUGGCCCAGAUAAGAGCAAACUCCAAUUGCAUCUGCUCUCCCUGGUACUCGACUUGGGCGGUGCUGAGAGCCAGCCAGGUAGGCUGUACCCAAGAUUGGCACCGCGCACUCUUUUCUAACAAUACAGGCUUCCAGACCUGCUCCAGCCCUUCACGCUCAGCGCUUGCCAGCCUGGGCUAAGCUUUGUGGGCGAGGGUGCCUGAAUUCCUUGCCUUCCCGCCUGGCUCUGCAGUUUGAGAGGCAGAGGCUGCUGCGGUUGGCACAGGUUGCUGGGGUUCUGUCGUGCCAAGGGCAUCAUGCCAGUCAUUGAGCUGAAUUUCCGCUCCUUGAUCACCCCUGUGGGGAUUGUCCGGUUCUUUGAGAUCUUCCUGUCCUGCACGGCCUUCAGUCUGGUGGCCGCUUCGACUGACUUCAAAGGACCCUAUGGGGCCUGGUGCAUGUUCACCUGGUGCUUCUGCUUCAUCGUGUCUGUUCUGAUCGUGGUGGUGGAGCUGUUUGGCUUUUCUGAGAAGCUGCCACUGUCCUGGGAUGACUUCACCAGUGCCUUCGCCAUGCUGGCAGCGCUCAUGGUCUUCACCUCCUCCAUCAUGUACCCUACCACCUUCCUCACCGGCACUUGCUCUGACUCCAUUUGUCCUUAUCAGGCAGCAGCUACAGCCAUGUCCUGCGUCUGCUUCAUUGCCUACUCCAUCGAGGUUGGGCUGACCCGAGCCAGGCCUGGAGAUAUCAGCAGCUUCCUCGCCACUGUCCCUGGCCUCUUGAAGGUAUUUGAAGCCUAUGUGGCUUGUCUUAUCUUCUCCUUAGUGAGUGACCCCAAGCCGUAUAAAAUCGAACCCGGCCAGCAAUGGUGCAUAGCCGUCUACAGCAUCUGCUUCAUUGUCACGCUGCUCAUCAUCAUCCUCACCAUUGGCCGGUGUCUCACCUACAUACCCUUCCCUUUGGAGAAAGUCCUGGUGGGUUACAACGCCGUGGCUGUGCUCCUGUACCUGACGGCUGCCAUCAUCUGGCCCAUCUUCAACUUCAGAGGGAACCCCAGACCCAAUUCAUGUGGCAGAGAUUGCUCAUGGAACAGACUGCUGGGCGUGACCUUCCUCACCUUCUUCAAUCUCAUCGCCUACAUCGUCGACCUGGUCUACUCCUCCAAGAUGGUCUUCGUGACCAGGACAGCCUAACGGAGCACGAUCAGCCGCACCCAAGGGGGUACGGGCCUGCAGUGGGAGCCAUCAGCACUGAAGUGGUGGGAAUGGACUGGGGCCGCCCGUCGCUCAGGGCAGAGCUGCUUUGGUCUCGGCUGUUUUGCAUUUCUUCCCCACAUCCUUGCUUUAUUGGCAUGUCCAUGCACCAGAGGGUUCUGUGUGUAUUUGAUUUGGCGGCUGCUGCAGGGAAUCAGGGCAUUCCUUGCAGGACAUGUGUGUAGGGGAUGGGAUGGGAAGGGAGGGACACAGACAGAACAUGCUACCUGUUGCCCGUGUGUACAGCAACCUCUGAGUGAGCCAUAGAAGAGCAGGGAGGUCAGGAAUGGGGAGAUCCCAAUCCAAAGCCCACUGAAGUCAAUGAGAGUCUUUGCAUUGAUUUCAGCAUGUGCCAGAUUGGGCCCUGGAAGCCCAAAGAGCAUCAGGGGACUGAGGCUGGGUUACCAAGUCCUGGCUAGUUAGUGUGUGGUGAUGCAGCUGCCUGCUGCGACUCAGAGAAACUUUCCUAUGCCACAAACUCUGGUCUGAAGACAGGUAAACAGCACGCAGGGCUCCCGCCCUCCCUCCAGGAAAUGAAAGUUCGAGGGCUGGGGCUAUGCAAACAGCAGUGUGUGUGCUUAGAGGGCUGGGUGCUGGGCUGGGGGAGGGGAGCAAGCUGGGGUCUGCAGCAAGCAGGGCAUGGCGGGCAGGAAUGGCUGACUGCAGACGGGUGACGUUGGCAAGGCCAGCCCCAUGGUGUGGGGCUAUUUUAUGAUCAGUCUGGCUAGUGUUUACCUACUCUCUGAGGGUCUCACCUUUCCGGGAAAGCUCCCCCUCACUGGCCCCAUUAGGGCCAAAAUCCACCCUGCAACACAUGACCCAAAAAGACACCCUCACUGCUCGGCCAGGCCUCCACUUCCCCUCCCAAUCCCUGGGGCACAGGAGCUGCCAUUCUAUCCUUCUCCCUACCUAAUAGGCAGCUUCCCCAUUCGUGCUCCCCUCUACUUCCCCAUAUUCGCCUGAGUCACAUGCACAUCCGCUUAGUCUGGUGCCGCACCGUUCCCUCCCUGUCCCCUUUGGCAGCCCCAUUCCUGGGUCUCCACGUUCUCCGGCCUGACCCACACAUGGCCACCCCCACUCCUGGGGCACCUUGCUUCUUCCCCACUAGGAGCAAUGGGAGGUGAUGGCCAUUCCUGCUGGGGGACCUGAAGGCCCUUGUUCACCUGCAGUUUCAAAGGGACAUGACAGCCAUCUUGCUGAGGGCAGCCUGUGGCUUCAGUCCUGCUGAUAAUGAUCGGAGAUGGCCGCCAUUUAGAACAGGGCUAAACUGGGAGGCAAAAAUGAAAUGAAAUUCAUGCAAACCUGUACAUGUGUAUACAUAACAUUGCACAGGGCCGGCUCCAGGCACCAGCAUUCCAAGCUGGUGCUUGGGGCGGCACUCUGCAAGGA